AUGCCCCAAUCCUGGCAAGACCUAGCCGCCGACAAGCGCGCCCGCCUCGCGCAGACCAUCCCGGACGAGUGGAAGAUCCGCACUCUCCCCACCGACGACAAUGUCCUUGAUUUCCCCCAGAAGAGCGGGAUCCUCACCGAAGCGGAGCUCCAGAUCACCGAGUCCUCUGCCGCAGAGCUCGUCUCGAGCCUCGCGAGCGGGCAGCUAACGUCCGUCGAGGUGACGACGGCGUUCUGCAAGCGCGCGGCGAUCGCGCAGCAGUUGACAAACUGCCUCCUCGAGUUCUUCCCGGACGCAGCCCUAACCCAGGCAAGGGAACUGGACGCAUACUACGCAAAACACAAGAAGCCCAUUGGUCCGCUGCACGGCCUGCCCAUCUCCCUGAAAGACCAGCUGCGCGUGAAAGGCUACGAGACGUCCAUGGGGUACGUCUCCUGGCUGAACCAGCACGACGAACACGACAGCGUCAUGACGGCGCUGCUGCGGCAAGCCGGCGCGGUCUUCUACGUCAAGACGUCCGUCCCGCAGACGCUGAUGGUCUGCGAGACGGUCAACAAUAUCGUCGGGCGGACUGUGAAUCCGCGGAACAGGAACUGGAGCUGUGGGGGGAGUUCCGGUGGGGAGGGCGCGAUUGUUGGGAUCCGCGGGGGGGUUAUUGGGGUGGGGACGGACAUUGGGGGGUCGAUUCGGGUGCCUGCGGCGUUUAACUUUUUGUAUGGGCUGAGGCCGUCGCAUGGGAGGUUGCCGUAUGCCAAGAUGAGGAAUAGUAUGGAGGGCCAGGAGACGGUGCAUAGUGUUGUUGGGCCGAUUGCGCAUAGUGUGCAGGACCUCCGCCUCUUCACAACCGCCGUCCUAUCCCAAGAGCCCUGGAAACACGACAGCAAGGUCAUCCCUCUCCCCUGGCGGCCCUCCGAGUCCGACGCAAUAACAUCCAAGAUCAAAAGCACGGGUCUAAACCUGGCAUACUACACCUUCGACGGCAACGUGCACCCGCACCCGCCCAUCACCCGCGGGAUCGAAACAACCGUCUCAGCCCUCCAGAAAGCCGGCCACGCCGUUACUCCCUGGACACCAUACAGACACGACUUCGGACACGCGCUUAUCUCAAACAUCUACGCAGCCGACGGCAGCGCCGACGUCACCCGCGACAUCAGCGCGUCCGGCGAGCCUGCGAUCCCCAAUAUAAAGGACCUGCUGAACCCAGAUAUGAAGGCGAUAACCAUGAACGAGCUGUGGGACACACACCUGCAGAAAUGGACCUACCAGAUGGAGUACCUGGCGAAAUGGCGGGAGUUCGAGGAGUCGUCCGGCCGCGAGCUCGACGCCAUCAUCGCGCCGAUCACGGCGACCGCUGCAGUGCGGCAUGAUCAGUUCCGGUACUACGGCUAUGCGUCUGUGAUCAACCUGCUGGAUUUCACGAGCGUCGUUGUCCCUGUGACGUUUGCGGAUCGGGCGGUUGAUAAGGUGGAUGCUGGGUUUGUGCCUGUUGGGCAGCUGGAUCAGCUGGUGCAGGACGAGUAUGAUCCCGAGGCGUACCAUGGGGCGCCGGUGGCGGUGCAGGUUAUUGGGAGACGGCUGAGUGAGGAGAGGACGCUGGCGAUUGCGGAGGAGGUCGGGAGGGUGUUGGGGAAUGUGGUGGCGUCUUAG